CCAUAAUCCUAUUCAGCACAUUGUGAAGUGAUCAGGGUGAGAAGGAGAGCCAGACCAAGGCAGGAAGGAGCCAACAGGAGGUUUCCUCCAAGUCAGGUGAGAGAGGUAGUACACACAAAACAAGAAAGAGAACAAUAUCAUCCCUUCACCAGUGUGUCUUUGCAGCAUGGGGAAUUCUAAGAGUGGGGCACUGUCGAAGGAACUUCUGGAGGACCUGAAGUCCAAUACUAAGUACAACGAGGCUGAGCUGUGUGUCUGGUACCAGUCCUUCCUCAAAGAAUGCCCCACAGGCAGGAUCACCAAGGAGCAAUUUGAGGGCAUCUAUGCCAGCUUCUUCCCCAAUGCAGACCCUACUGAGUACGCGCGGCAUGUCUUUAGGAGCUUUGACACCAAUGCAGAUGGUCAACUGGACUUUAAGGAGUACAUUGUGGCCCUACACCUUACCUCCGGAGGCAAGACCCUUGCAGAAGCUAGAGUGGGCCUUCGCCCUCUACGACGUGGAUGGAAACGGCACCAUCAGCAAAAACGAGAUCCAAGAGAUUGUUAAGGUACAAAAACAAACCGUUUCUCUGCCUCUAGUGUGAAGAAACAGUGAUGGUGGUGGUUACUGAACCACUCAGUAUACAAAAUGGACAUAAACAAAAUCUUAGUUACAACCAAAAAGUACAAAAAGAUUAAUCAAAUUAAAAGCAGAACAUAUAUUAUUUUUUAUUUGGCAUAUUUCAUACAUUUGUGAAAUGAUUAGGUGAAUUGUUUAAUAUUCUACGUAUUCAGUCAUCCCGUAAAAAUAUGAUGGGAGAACAAUCUUUAUGUAGUCUGCAUUUCAUGAACUGUGCUAUAUAGUACAUGUACUGUAUUCAGUAUUUAAUCUACAUUAGAAAGUGACAUGUUUUUCCUUAUUGUUUGAUUGCUUUACAGUCAAUAUUUAACAUGAUCCCCGAAGAAGACCAAAAGGACCUGCCUGAAGAUGAGAACACACCAGAUAAGAGAGCAGACAAAGUCUGGGACUUUUUUGGAAAGAAAGAAGAUGGUAAUUUUGAUUGUGAAGAAUUUUCUAAAUGUGUUAUGACGAGAACUUCUGGCAUGAGAGACUACUUCUGAGUUUUGCACAAUUAGACACAUUAAAUAAACAACCAUAAUAAUGUUGAUUCAGUAAUGACCAUUUCUAUGUUUCCUUUCCAGACAAGAUUGCAGAGAGGGAAUUCAUUCAAGGAGUGAUGGACAACAAGGACAUCCUACGGUUGAUUCAGUUUGAUGAGCCCCAGAAAAUAAAGGACAAACUGAAGGAGAAGAAUCAAUAGAUUUCUGACAAAAUCAUUCUUCUUAAUUCUAUAAGACUGUUCAAAGCUUUACUGUUUACAAACCCAACUCUCCUGCCAGACCUGGGCUCUUUGUGUACUAGACAACAUUGGCAUACACAUUGAAGUACCGCAUAUUGUGGUGGAUGACCUGUUUGUCCAUGAGCCACCUGGGCUUUUCUUCCCACUCAAAUAACUGUUCUGUACUCUAGAGUUAUGGGUAUUCUUUUCUAUUUCGUAAUGAAAUAAUAGUCUCCAAGAUUCUAUUGUCUGCUGCUGUGUUCACUUGCAUUAAUUAGUUUAAUAAAGAGAAAGACUCCAGGAAAGGACCCACUGGGCACACACUGGUUG